CUAGUUCGUUCAGUUACGUUUCCGACACACGAGCAGCUGGUGCGCUGUGCUGCGGGCCCCCAGUUGCCACUCGUUUUACUUGAACCGAUUCAUUAUUAUUGUAUGACAUAUCCCUUGUAAUACAAUGACGUUGAACUAUUGUGGCAAAGUAUUUUUAGACAAAUAAGUGAGGCUGUGAUUAGUGUUGUGUACAAAAGAACGAGCGACUUGCGACAGUUAAAUAUUUGAUACCGGAGUUGCUGGAGAAGUAACAGUUAGGUUUAAAAGACAACGAAAGUAAAGAAACACAUCUAAAAUGGCGGUAUUUGGUUUGGUAUCGUCGGUGGCGGGCUUCGUGAAGGUCCGCUACCUCAUCGACAAAGCUGUCAUCGACAACAUGGUCUUCAGGAUGCACUAUCGCAUCACAUCAGCCAUUUUGUUCCUCUGCUGUAUUCUUGUCACCGCCAAUAACCUUAUUGGCGAACCGAUCUCAUGUAUCAACGACGGAGCUGUACCUGGCCACGUCCUGAACACCUAUUGCUGGAUUACCUACACGUUCACUCUACCAAAUUCACCUGCCCGAGGUAUCGCACAUCCCGGCCUUGGAAAUGACUUCGAAGAAGAGAAACGCAUCCAUGCCUACUACCAAUGGGUGCCUUUCAUGCUGUUCUUCCAAGGUCUGCUUUUCUACGUGCCUCACUGGAUUUGGAAGAACUGGGAAGAGGGCAAAGUCCGCAUGAUCUCCGAUGGUAUGCGAGGAACCGCUGCCAGCAUUGCUGACGACAAGAACAACCGUUUGAACCGGCUUGUCCAGUAUUUGGUGGAUACUAGACACAUGCACAACACUUAUUCCUUCGGUUAUUUCUUCUGCGAGAUUCUGAACUUCAUCAACGUGGUUGGAAACAUUUUCUUCUUGGAUACCUUCCUCGGAGGUGCUUUCUUGACAUACGGUACCGAUGUGGUGAAGUUCUCUAACAUGAACCAGGAACAACGAACUGAUCCUAUGAUCGAAGUCUUCCCAAGACUGACCAAGUGUACAUUCCACAAAUUCGGAGCUUCUGGAACGAUCCAGAAACACGACGCUCUCUGCGUAUUGGCCUUGAACAUUCUCAAUGAGAAGAUUUUCAUCUUCCUGUGGUUCUGGUUCAUCAUCCUGUCAGUAGUAAGCGGUUUGGCCCUGGCGUACUCUGCAGCAGUGAUCCUUUUGCCAAGCACUCGCGAGACGAUCCUAAAGAGACGUUUCCGUUUCGGUACACCAGCUGGAGUCGAAUCACUUGUUAGGAAAACUCAGGUGGGUGACUUCCUACUCCUGCAUCUGCUAGGACAAAACAUGUCACUGCGCGUGUUCGGUGAAGUACUGGAUGAACUGUCACGAAGGCUGCACAUGAACUCCAACGCACCAUCGGCCCCCUCCACCCUCGAGAUGGCCCCCAUCUACCCGAACAUUGACAAGUACGCCAAGGAAACAGAGACGUAAGUUUUGAGACUGAGGAAGAAUACACGCAACACUAUCAAAAUCGUCCUGUCUAGUCUCGAAUACGAUAUCUGAGAGAAUCAUAUAAACGAGAUUCCUAUACAAUCCAUUUAUUGCGAUCUCAGCUCUUGUAUCCAAGACUGCUUCUUUAUAAAAAGUGCAGGACGCAGUGUAUUGUUCUUUUAGUAAUUGUAACGCUCAUUCGCAGUAAUGUAAGAAAAUUCAGUUCCAACGACAUGAAUGACCAUGACAUUCCUUAUUUUACCUGUUUUAAAAAUAAGACAACAAUUGCCUUUUUGCCUUGAGCUUUAAAUUUAGUGAAAAACUACGAUUAAAUUAGUAUAAAAUUUGUUGAAACAUUCGUAUGAUAUACAAAGAACUGUUUGUUAUAUUGAUAUGAAAUUUGCUGUGGUACUAACUAAUUUUGCGAAUCAGCAACAUUUUACUGUUCACUGAGUACUAUUUGUUUCGUGUUUAUCUAGUGUUGUAAGUUCAAUGCAACUCGCAAAUAAAAUGCAAAUGAUAUUUAAAAGUACACACGAAGUAUACAUACAUUCAUUUCUAUCAUAAGUAUAGCCUAUCUUUUGUAUUAGUUUACUAUGAAAAUAGAGGUUAACAGCAAGGGAGAUCUGGGCAAGUUAUAUCUAGACAUUUAUAUUACUAUAUUUUUCAUAAAAUAUAUUAUGGACUUGCCCGCAUCUUUUCGUGAGUAGCCUAACACGUGAGAUAUUUAAGACAUGUUUAAUUUUAACUUCUUUUAUGUAUUGAUAAUUCGAUAAAAUGUUAAGACAAUAGCCAUCAUGCAUUAUGAUAAAACGUGAUCUAUAUUUCCAUGCUGUCUAGCUGGUCUUAUAUUUUAUCUAAUUGAUAUGAAAUAUUCAGUGAGUUAAUUGUAGUAGAUGUAAAGCUAUAACAAUGCUUCAGAAUAAACAUAUCGACUUGAAUAGGUCUUUCGAUUAUAAUUAAGUAGAUAGAUAUUAUAUAAUUAGAGUAUUUUAUACGUGCUUUUCUUUUGUUCCAUUGAUUUAGUAAGCAUUAUGGUAAGGAUAUAAAUGUAACUAAUAUUAUGUGUAGUUAGGUCUGGGAGUAUCUGCUGAUAGUCAAAUUUUAUAUAAUGUUACUUCAAUCUUGUGAUUGAUAUCAAAAGUAUAUUUGGUACUAAGACAAGCGAUCAUAACUAUAUAAAUGUAUGGCGUGUGAAUGGAUUCAAGGUACGUGUGUCAAUAAGUUCCAAGUGAAUAAUUAUACUCAUAAAUUGUUCCAAAUGUGCCAUUAAAUAAGAUGUCCAGAGGAAAGGCCACGAUUCUCAACGUAUCUCAAAUAUUAUUGUAGAAUAAGAAUUUGAGUCAUGCAUUAUUUUAAUAGACUGUGUGAUUGAAAUGAAUUAGACUCUUGGAAUCUCGAAAAUGUGUCUUCCAUGCACCUUUGUUGUUGCAAUGGAACUGGACUACGGCAGUUUGCGAUGUAUUGAUUAGUUUAUAAUAUAAAACUUUGCCAUUCCUAUAUAAAAUGUUUUGUAGUAAAUAUAAGAUGCUGCCCAUAUCCUACGUAAUAUCUCUGAGACUGCAACAAUCAUUAUUUCAAUGUGUUACAUUGUCUACAUUAUUAUAAUUCGGUAAUAAAUGACUUCAAAUAUUUUAA